UAGAGAAUUAAUCUUUUCUAGUCAUCCCACAUUUGAUUCUGCUCCAAGUCUUUCCCUAUGCGAUUUCAAUGAAAGAAAAAGUGGACAACACCGACAACCCUGAACGCGACCAUGAGAACACCACUCUCGGAAACUCUGACGAGUCAAGCACCGAGCAACAUGAUGCAGAGAAGCCCAUCGAUCAGAGUGACGAUGAGGAGAAGGGCAAAGAAGACAUAGCACGCCGCUCCACACGUCCAGACGUGUUUUUCUCCUUUGGGCCAAACCGGUCGUAUUUUAUAUACACAAACCCAAGGUCGCAAUACUGGGGAAAUACGGCUGUGGUCAAGGCUAUACCAGACACAUGGCAUUCGCUCUACGCUGCCUCGAUAGCCCCCGAAGGCGACUUGCUCAUAGCCUGCCAAGACGAGCACCUUUCGCCAGCUUGGACGUGGAUCAACGCUCCAGAGCAAGUAAUCGCGACUAGCGCAGCAGAGCAAUGGAUGAAGCACAGGACUGUAUACAAACAGCUAUUCGAUAAAAUCGCAUCAUCCGACGCUGGCUCCCUAGAAACACUCCGCAACAUAUCCGUAACCAUUGGUCCCAAGGGCAGUUACUUUGCAAAAUCAUCAUCUGGCACGCUGCAACACAACCUCCCAGCUGACCUCGCGUCCGAGAUCCAAACCAAAAAGACCGCCAACCCACCCAUCGAGCCUACGCAAGUCGCUCUCGGCAUCGCCGGCACCUGGAUCGCGCUGUGGUCCGACACCAGCUGCACGUACAACGUCGGCACCUAUGCUCGCCUAGAAGAGAACCUCCGCGACACGACCAUGGGCCCGGUUGUCUUCGCGGCCCUGAGCGCGCACGACGCAGAGCAUUUCUUCCUCGUGUAUGGAAACGGGACAAUAGGGUACUGUGUUCCGGCCACAGACUCGGAUUACAUAUGCCACGCUACGAACGCGUACAUGCAAUCCCGCGCCCGCCAGGAUGGCACGACGUUCCAGUUCAAGCAGUGGCAUUCGAAGAGCACGACGCAGAUGACGAUUUCGCCGGCGACUAAGUUUGAUUAUCCGGCUUAUCUUGGCAAGGCUGAAGCGGCUCCGCGUGCGUGGAGUCAGAUGGUGCAGUCCCGCUUAUCUAGCAUCGAGACCGGUACGAUGAGGAGACUGGAGAUGUAUAAGCUGGGUAGGAGAGAGAACAUGGUCGCGAUGGGGUCGGCCGCCGUCAGUACGGCUGCGGUCUGUCGAGCGUUGCGCUUCUCUGGUAGCGCUACUCUCGUGGCCGCGGGAGCGGCAGCAGGUGGGACGGGCGCGUUGUGCUUAUGGUUACAGAAAUAACGAGGGAGAAUGAGAGAUGAUGACUAGUUUCGAAGAGAGAAAAGUUACUGGUUUACAGAAAUGUUCGUGGUGCGCGCUGUAGCUAAUAAUUUAUGCAAAGCAAGAAACACUUUGCGAAGAGGUAGACUCACU